ACUCGUUGCAGUAGGAGGGUUAUGGGAGAGAAUGACGUCGCCUUGACUGCAAGUCACAUCGACUCCUCCGUUUGUUUUCAUUACUCUGUCUUUUUAAUACUCGUCACUCCUGCGAAAUUAAAUGUGAGAUGAUCCGCCGCUGUUGGUUUCGACCCGCGUCUGUGCCGUUCGUCCUGUCAACAGCAGCAGCAGCGGCAGCAGCAGCAGCAGCAGCGCACUCUCUGUCUGUUGCGGAUUACUGCUGAUAAUACGCAGUAGACUAAUCCACUUGUGUUUAGCUGUCAAACUAUGCGUUAGAAGAGAGAGUGUGAGAGAGAGAGAGAGAGAGAGAGAGAGAAAGAGGGAGGGAGAGAGAGAGAGAGAGAGAGAGGAGACGGAGCCCAGACUUUACCGUGCGUCUUUUUUUGUCCUUUGGAAUAUACCGCUGCCCAGCAACACACCCACCUGACAACUCUGAAUGUCGUAAUUAAGGUAAAUCAAUGAGCCUGCCAUGGAGACCAAAAGAUACCAACAUUUCUUUGAUGGAAGUGAUACAGAGAACAAAUGGUCUCAGAUCCCCAGCACCAUGGAAUACUGCUGCAGCACAGAAGAUUCAAGUCCGACUAGUGGUGAUACCUUCAUGGACAUAGUCAACGUCAGCUGCCCUGCUGGAACCGCAGCCACCGAGUGCAAAGACAACAAUAUAAAGAAGCUGGAGCAGCCAAUGCGUCGACUUGGCCAGAACCAGUCAUUUGUUCUGCCACACUUCAACAACUCUCUCCACGGUCAUAAGCAGGAAAUGGACUCCAAGGAGCUUUCCAAGACUGUGGCUGAGUCUAUGGGUCUGUAUAUGAAUGCUGCCAGGGAGCCAGACUUUGCCUUCAACCAACACGGGGGCAGCACCAGCCCUGGGAAGAUGUAUUCAGUGUGUGGACGGCCUCUUGAAGAGACCAACCGUGGAACCACAAAGAGUCCCAAGAUACAGCAAAUAGGUUUCCAGCAGUCCAGCACCACGCCAAGAGAAUGCACCACUGAGACUCCAGUCAGCUCAGUGUCAAUGAUGGUCUCAUCUGUGUCCUGCAGCCCCCAGAACUCCAGCUCCAUCUCCAGCCCCGGGGGCAGCAACAAUAUGGUGUCAUCAACCACCAGUCCCCCGACGUGCUUUGGACCGAUGUGUUCAUCCGUGAGUAGUCCUGUCAGCCAGACGUCUUGUCCUGUAACUCUGGCCAACAUCAAGCACAGGAAUUCAGCCACAUGCAGCCCUGUAGAGUCCACUACAGUGGGUUCACCACCCCUCACCAGUCCACUCAAUGUCAUGAGGUCUCCCAUGUCAAGCCCCCAGAGUAUGAGCAGUGUGACAUCGCCUCCAUCCUGCAGCACUACAUGUAACAUGAGGUCGUCUGUCUCGAGCCCCACUGGUGGCAGCUGCACUGCCAACAACUGCAACACAGUAAGGCCGUCCAUCUCCAGCCCGGCCACGGGGAGCGCUAUGGCUGUCAACAGCCCACAGAACCCGUCCUCUGUGGGGUUUCCUGUGUCCAGUCCUGCUGGUGGACUGGGUCUGGUGCAGAAUGACACCAACAGCCCAGAGGCAACAGCUCUGGCCACGGACACAGACUUCAAGAACUUUGAGUUCCCUAAAGUAGAGAUGGUAGAUGGGGAGAUGUUCAAUGUUGGCUUAGAUCAGAUGGGCAUGGUAAAGUACAUUAAGAACGAGCCUGGGACUGACUUGAGGAGCAUGUGUUUGGGUAGCUCCAAAUGUAAUGCGAGUAGCACACCCUUUAUCACACAGAUUAAGAAUGAGCCAAACAAAAACGAGGGCUGUAUGAAUCAACAGUCCUAUUGUGAACAGUCACCCUCUCUUGGCCUCUUUCCCGUGUCUGAGACCACCUAUUUGUCCCUGAGGAAUAACAUUGACGAGUACAGUCUUUCUGGUAUCUUAGGACCCCCUGUCUCUAUGAAUGGGAGCUAUGAGCCCGAUGUGUUCUCCAACAAUGUCAUGUCUAAGGGCGUUAAGCAGGAGUCAAAUGAUGGCAGCUACUACCAAGAGAACAACAGCAUGCCCACGUCGGCCAUUGUUGGGGUUAAUUCUGGGGGACACUCAUUCCAUUAUCAGAUUGGAGCCCAAGGAACAAUGUCUAUCACGCGGCAUGAUGUGAGGGACCAGUCCAACCCUUUGUUGAAUCUAAUUUCACCCGUAACUGCGUUAAUGGAGUCGUGGAAAUCUCGGCCAGGCAUGUCGUCCAGAGGGGAAGGAUACCCAGGUCAAACCUGCAUCACAGACAACAUGUCGAGCUCGCCACUGAGGCAACCAUCCACAACAGUCAAAGUGUGUCUGGUUUGUGGAGACGAGGCAUCAGGAUGCCACUACGGCGUCGUGACGUGCGGAAGCUGCAAAGUCUUCUUCAAAAGAGCUGUGGAAGGUAUGAACAAACAAGGUCAGCAUAACUACCUGUGCGCCGGGAGAAACGACUGCAUCAUUGACAAGAUUCGAAGGAAGAACUGCCCGGCGUGUCGCGUACGGAAGUGUUUCAAGGCCGGGAUGAAUCUCGGAGCACGGAAAUCCAAAAAGUCCGGCAAGAUACGGACAGUCAACGACGACCCGCAGAGCUCGAAGGAUGGCCAAACUGCCACAGGUGGUGUUGGCGCCAGUUACCUGUCCCAACAAAAGGAGCUGAAUGCCAGCGCUGCCAACGCCCUGGUGCCCCACGGGCCCGGGGUGGUCACACCUUUCCUGCCGCCCUCAAUUUGCAGCGUGUUGGAGCUGAUUGAGCCUGAAGAAGUGUACUCUGGCUACGACAACACACAGCCUGACACCACUGACCACCUGCUGUCCAGUCUCAACCGCCUGGCCGGAAAGCAGAUGGUGCGCAUGGUGAAGUGGGCCAAAGUACUUCCAGGUUUCCGGGGCCUGCCCAUCGAGGACCAAAUCACCCUGAUCCAGUACUCGUGGAUGUGUCUGUCCUCCUUUUGCCUCAGCUGGCGCUCAUACAAACACACCAAUGGACAGAUGCUCUACUUUGCCCCUGACCUCAUCUUUAACGAGGACCGAAUGCAGCAGUCAGCCAUGUAUGAUCUGUGUGUGGGAAUGAGGCAGGUGAGCCAGGAGUUUGUACGUUUGCAGCUAAGCUACGAGGAGUUCCUCUCCAUGAAGGUCCUUCUGCUCCUCAGCACAGUUCCAAAAGAGGGUCUGAAGAACCAGGCAGCGUUCGAGGAGAUGAGGGUUAAUUACAUCAAGGAGCUCCGGCGUUCGGUGGGAAAAGCAACCAACAACUCUGGCCAAACCUGGCAGCGCUUCUUCCAGCUCACCAAGCUACUCGAUGCCAUGCAUGAUCUGGUGGGAAACCUAUUGGACUUCUGUUUCUACACCUUCCGUGAAUCCCAGGCGCUGAAGGUGGAGUUCCCCGAAAUGUUGGUGGAAAUCAUCAGUGACCAGAUACCAAAGGUGGAGUCAGGCCUCACUCACACGCUCUACUUCCACAAGAAGUGACUCACUUAACUCUUGGGACAGAAGCAACAUUGCAAACUGGAAGAAGGGAGUAAAAAAAAAUAAAGAUAUUCAAGGAACAGAGAAUGUGUAAGAAAGGCCUGAGCAGUUGGUCGUCACCCUGUAUGCCUGCAUCGUUGUCUUGGAUGGGAAAGUUUGAGAGACAUGGUGACGAGUGGACUCAGCAAACUAGAAUACGGAGGAAGGAUUUGAGCGCGCUGUCACGGCGAGCAGGGCGGAGCUGUGAAUAACCCAUGGAGCCCGUGUGACGCGCCGAAAAGCACUUAUGACAAAUGUGACAGUCCCCCCGCCCCAAAGACAAUUACAGUAUUUUCUAUGGAGAUGAAGCCAUACAUUUCUUAGGAUGCGCUAGAUAUGUUCACUAUGUGCACGCACACGUACACACACACACACACACACAGACACACACUGAGGGAUAUCGAUACACAUGCUGUCCACAUGCCUUCACGCAAACGCACAGAUGCACUCCACAUGCACUCAAAUCAGACAAAUCCCUGACAAAUCUACAGAAAAAGGUUUUUUUGCAAAUAUUAACUGUGGCUUAUGCAGUCUCUCACAAAUAAAAAAGCACUACAGAAAAAAACAGAAACAAAAAACAUGCCAAUACUUAGAUCGUGCUUUGCAGUGUAGCAACAUACUGCAAGACUACAGGGCAAAGGACACUAUGAGGAGGCACAGAAAUAAUAGACUGUAAGGCGAUAUGUCUAUUUGAAUAUAUUCCAAGGGCUAUACAAGCGUCAUCUUAGGCUUAAUAAUGACAUUAAAUCUAACAAGUCCAAGUUUGAAGCUCAAUCAGUGUUGUAACAGCCAUCGUAAACAUUCACAUAGUGCGUUCUUAAUUACAAUAUGUAGUAAAACAAUCAAAACUAAUAUGCAAAAGGUCCAAAGCUAACUCUGUUUUGAAAUAAAAAUGUCUCUUUGUAAAAGAAAGCUUGCACGUGGCGCUCCCAUUUCAUUAAAUCACUAUAUUAAGACAUUGGGGUGAAGACAUAAGACAAUAUUGAUGAGCAAAUUCACCUCUGUUUAAAAUGGCCAGUGGGUGCUGCAGGAUGGAAAACAUCAUAUGUAAGAGGAAAUGAUUUCAAUUGAGUUCUCUGGUAAUGGAUUUGACUGAGGUGCAUCCAUAGUAAUUGCUGUCAUUUGUGUUAUCUCCAGAGCAGCUGUCCAAAUGUCUGUUUUUACUCACAGUGAAGCAAAACCAGCCCUUUGUGAAUCAAUACUUAUCUACUCUUCCCAGAAAUAAUAAAAAGCAUUUUAUAA